AUGUCUUCUUCCUCUCCGCAACCGACCACCAACGACCUCCUCAACCAGGAAGUCGUGCCGCCCGCCAAAAUCGGGGUUGUCAUCUGCUCGCAGCGGCAGCCACGGAUUGGGAAUCAAAUCGGCACCUUCAUCUUCGACAACCUCAAACAAUAUCAACGAUCCAGUCAACAGGUAUCUUCAUAUGAGCUCUCUCUCAUCGACCUGGCCGACCAUCCGCUCCCGUUCUUCAACGAGCCUGGCAUCCCGCAGAUGAUCACUAAUCCUUUGGAUUACACCCACGAGCACACCCGCGCGUGGUCCCAAGUGAUCACAUCGCACAAGGCUUUCAUCUUCGUCACCCCUCAAUACAACUGGGGUUACCCGGCCAAUCUGAAGAACGCCAUCGACUAUCUCUUCAACGAAUGGGCCGGGAAGCCCGCCCUUGUCGUGUCGUACGGUGGACACGGGGGCAAUCAGUGCGCCGAACAGCUGAAAACGGUGCUGACGGGUGUGCGAAUGAAGGUUGUGCAGAAGAGCGUCGGGUUGGCUUUCCCGGGGCCAGGCAGGGAGUUUCUCGGCAAGGCGGCCAAGGGCGAAGACUUGGGACUGCACAAGAUAGACGGAUUGUGGGCCAAGGAGCUGGAGGAGUUGCAAGGGCUCUUUGACGAGUUGGUGAAGUCGGUACAGGGAGAGUGA